AUGGCAUCUUCUCUCCAUUAUUGCUCACUUUUCUCGUUUAUGAUCCUCCUCUCUUUGUCUCUCAAUGCUGCAUUAUUACCUUCUCUUGCUGCCCUAACCUACCAUGGAGGCCCUCUAUUGACAGGAAAUGUUAACCUACUUGUUAUAUGGUAUGGCCAAUUUGGGAAAGUACAAAAGAAUGCAAUAAGGGCAUUCAUCAAGUCCUUAAACUACGAUGGAGGGCUUAAUCUUCAGCCGCAAGUCUCCUUUUGGUGGGAUAUGGUUGAAAGCUACCAAUUAGCGGCUGGGAAGAAGGGCGGUUCGAUUGCCGUGAAGGUGGUGAAGACGGUGGUUGAUGCCAAUUGCUCGGCUAGCAAAAACCUUACUGCGGACAAUGUCUCUUCGAUUUUCAAGAAGGCGGUUGGGAAGGAUAUCGAUGUGGUGCCAGUACUUUUUAGUGCUAGGGAUGUUGCGGUGCAAGGGUUGUGCAUGGAGAAGUGCUCGGAGCAUGGACUUUAUGGAGGGAAGCAACCAACAAUUGUGGUAGGGAACCCAGAAUCGGAGUGCCCCGGAGAAUGUGCAUGGCCAUUCCACAAGACCAACCACGGUCCACAGGGUAUGACACUACAACCACCAAGUGGUAAUGUGGGUGCGGAUGCCAUGGUCGUCGCCUUCGCCUCAUCGCUAGUUGAUUUGGUGACCAAUCCUUUCUCUACCGGCUUCUACCAAGGACAACAAGCGAAUCCCAUCGAGGCCUCAUCUGCCUGCAAGAGAAUUUUUGGGAGUGGUGCGUUCGAGGGCUACACCGGCAAGCUAAGGGUUGACCCGAGCAAUGGUGGCGCUUUCAAUACCCAUGGUGUAGAGGGGAGGAAAUUCUUGCUCCCUGCAAUAUGGAACCCUAAAACAUCAUCAUGUUGGACCCUUUUGUAA